GAGUCCAGGAGGGGGCGGGGCGGCCCGGCGAGGCCGCGUGGGCGCCGAGCGCGCGUCGGCCCGGGACGGCUGGCCUCCCCGGCCCCUCUCCCCGGCGCAGGGCCGAAGUGUCUCCGAGCCCGUGCUUCUGCGGCUUCCUGGGGUUUAUCAGUCCCGCCCCAAGGGGACUCGUGGCCCCGGGGAGCAGCUGGGGCUGAGUGGGCUGUCCAGUGCCCGCCGUCUUCUGGGGAGUCUGUGAGGUUCUGCGCUUUGAAGGGAGAGAGGACCAGACAGCAGGGAAGGCCGGUGGCUCCUGACGCAGGAACUUGUGGCCUCGACCUCCUUUCUGCUCGGCCUGAGCAGCGUGGGAGCGAGCGGGAUGAGAAGUGGCGCUCUCUGUGCAGCACAAGUUGCCUUUCCCUCUAGGGCCGGGCUUCCAGAAGAACACUGCCUGGCCAGUGUGUGCUGCAGAUCUGGUUGGCUUCUCGCUGAGUUGAAUUCCAGGUUUAAACGAGGUGCCUCAGCAGGAGCGAUUCAGCCAAAGGGCCCCCACUGGCACAUACUCUCUUUUACUGCAGGGCAGGACCCCGUCAGUUCUCAUCAGGGAGAAGCCAUGCCAAGGGCUGGGAAGGUUUUUCUCUUUGUUUUUGAUUCUGGGUGUGUGCUUAUGUUUUCUAGAAUAUUCUCUGCCAAUGUUUUAUUCUCCCACCCUUCUCUCUUCCCAGCUUCCUUCUCCCUCCAGACUUUACUCACCAGUGUUCCCUGCACAGAAAAAGUUCCCUGUGCUUCAGCAGAUAACUGGUUCAGUGUCAACACUAUCACCUGCUAUUCCAAGGCUGGAGAUAGGGCAGGAAAUGGGCAAAGCCUUGCCUCUGGGAGCCUGCUUUCCGGGCCUGUUAAUGGCAGUAGCCUAGUUCACCUUGUUUCAGUGACCGUUUGUUUAGUGCCUUAUGUGCCCAGCCCUGCAGCUCUGGUCAUAGGUUCAUAUUUCACGGGAGCUGAGCAUCUGGUUUUAGGCUGCUGGUGACAUGGCCCUGCACUUUCUAUACUAGGUGACCAUUUUCCUUAUGGUUGGACCUAGGAGCAGAAACCAUGCAGGUAGUCUGUCCAUCCACUGCUGGUACUGCUUCUAGCCUUAGCUGGCAGGGGGACAUUGAUAGGAUGUUGGCCCCUGAUAGAGCAAAGAGCAGGAGUUCUUGGGGAUGCAGAAGGUUGCAGCUCUGGGGUUCCCUAGGCUGGGCCUUCCCUCUGGGAAAUCCAGGGCAGGAUUCUGCCAUCCCCAGUAAGUAUGUGUCUGAAGAAGGAUGGGUCCUGGCACUUUGAUGGUUGUUUGGGGGUUUGGUGUUUUUUUGUUGUUGUUGUUGUUUUUUUUUUGGUACCAUGGAUUUAACUCAGGGGCACUUAACCACUGAGACAUAUCUCUAGCCCCUGCCCCCCCCCACACACCUUUGUGUGUGUGUAUUUUACUUAGAUACAGGGUCUCAUUGAGUUGCUUAGUGCCUCACUAAGUUGCUGAGGCUGGCUUUGAACUUGUGAUCUUCCUGAUUCAGCUUCCUGAGCCGCUGAGAUUACAAGUGUUGUUGGUUUUUAACACCUCAUAAUGUAUUGUGGAGCAGGCAGAAGUCAUGGAUGUAGAUGCUGAAAGGGAGAAAAUAACAAAGGAGAUAAAGGAGCUGGAAAGGAUUUUGGAUCCCAGCUCCUCCAACAUCCAUGUGGAGGUUUCAGAAUCAAGUCUUGAUUCGGAUUCCGAUGCAGUGUAUUUGUUUCCAACAGAUUCAUUGCCCAGUGAAGACUUGGAAGCUGUUGAGCCCCCAAUCCUGGAAGAAGAAAGGUGGGGUGAGGCCAGCAAUGAUGAGGAAGACCCCAAGGAUAAAACCCUCCCUGAAGACCCUGAAACUUGUUUACAGCUGAACAUGGUCUAUCAGGAGGUCAUCCAAGAGAAGCUGGCAGAGGUCAGCUUGCUUUUGGCCCAGAACAGGGAGCAACAGGAGGAGAUCCUAUGGGAUCUGGCUGGGUCCAGAGGCCCCAGGGUGAAGGAUGGCAAGAGUCUACCCCCAAACAUGUACAUCGGUCACUUCAUGAAACCGUACUUCAAAGACAGGGUCACUGGAGUGGGGCCUCCUGCCAAUGAAGAGACACGAGAGAAGGCUGCUCAGGGAAUCAAGGCUUUCGAGGAGCUCCUGGUGACCAAGUGGAAGCACUGGGAGAAAGCUUUGCUCCGAAAGUCAGUGGUGAGUGACCGCCUACAGCGCCUGCUUCAGCCCAAGUUACUGAAGCUCGAGUACUUGCGCCAGAAGCAGAGCCGGGUCUCCAGUGAGUCAGAGCAGCAGGCCCUGGAGAAGCAGGUUAGGGAGGCAGAGAAGGAGAUCCAGGACAUCAACCAGCUUCCAGAGGAGGCCUUGCUGGGGAACAGGCUGGACAACCACGAUUGGGAGAAGAUUUCCAAUAUCCAUUUUGAAGGAGGCCGCAGUGCAGAGGAGAUCCGAAAGUUUUGGCAGAGCUCUGAGCAUCCAAGCAUCAACAAGCAGGAGUGGAGUGUCGAGGAGGUGGAGCAGCUGAGGGCCAUCGCAGCUACGCAUGGCCACCUGGAGUGGCACUUAGUUGCAGAGGAGCUGGGGACCAGCCGCAGCGCCUUCCAGUGCCUGCAGAAAUUCCAGGAGCACAACAAAGCCCUGAAGCGCAAGGAGUGGACAGAGGAGGAGGACCGCAUGCUCACCCAGCUGGUGCAGGAGAUGCGUGUUGGGAGCCACAUUCCCUAUCGCAGAAUUGUCUACUACAUGGAGGGCAGAGACUCCAUGCAGCUGAUUUAUCGGUGGACCAAGAGCUUGGAUCCCAGCCUGAAAAAGGGGUUCUGGGCCCCAGAGGAAGAUGCUAAAUUGCUUCAAGCUGUUGCCAAAUAUGGGGAGCAGGAUUGGUUUAAAAUCCGGGAAGAGGUGCCAGGUAGGAGCGAUGCCCAGUGCAGAGAUCGAUAUCUCAGAAGAUUACAUUUUAGUUUGAAAAAGGGGCGAUGGAAUGCAAAAGAAGAGGAGCAGUUAAUCGAAUUAAUAGAAAAAUACGGUGUUGGUCACUGGGCGAAAAUAGCUUCUGAACUACCCCAUCGCUCAGGCUCCCAGUGUCUAAGCAAGUGGAAGGUCAUGGCUGGGAAGAAGAAGAGUCUCCGGAGGAGGCGACGGCGGCCCUGUCGCAGAGUCCGCUGGAGCUCCGAUAGCAGCAGCAGCUGUAGCACUGGAGGUGGCGGCAGCAGCAGCAGCAGUAGCAGCAGCAGCAGCGAGGACCCAGAGACAGAGCUAGAGGAACCCCAAAAGGGCCUCAGAGGGCCACUGUCCCCAAAGUACACAGUGCCAGACAUGGACCUGUGGGUCCCUGCCAGGCAGAACACCAGCCAGCUGCAGAGGGGAGGGGCUGGGGGCUGCUCAGGACACCCUGCUGCCUUCACUGGCCCUUCUAAGGAGUUUGAUGCUACCCAAGGUUGCAGUAGGGAAGCUUCCAGCACAGCCUUGGCUCCUCAGGAAUUGAACCAGAGAGAGGCCCCUACCAGGAUCCACAGCCCCGUCCCGAGAGGUGUCCAAGACCCACACUUGGCAGACCCUCACCCAGCAAGCCUGGAGGAGCCAGCCUCUGAGGGUGGACAGCAUCUGCUGAAAGUACCCCUGAUGACAGUACAGAAGGUGCUGAGGACCAGUAUGGCCGUCCAGAACCGCACACUGGUGAGGGCCCAAAGCACUUACAUCCUGAAGGAGAGGCUGAGGCAGCCGUCCCCACCUGACUCACCCCCAGGGCCUGGCCCUGGUGACGGCAUGGCUGGGCCUUACCUAUGGCAGCUGAGUCAUGGAACCUUCCAGAAUGGACAGCAGCACCGGAGACAUAAUCUGCACCGGAGGCUCCUCGAGCGUAGACUUCUGUUGGCUGUGACACCAUGGGUGGGUGAUAUCGCCCUGCCCUGCACACAGGUCCCCCCCAGGCCUGCAGCUGUGCACACUAGAGCUAACACCAUCAGAAUGCAGUUAGAGCCCGCCCGGCUGGCCAGCACCCCAGUGUUCACGCUGCUGAUUCAGCUGUUGCAGAUCGACACUGCUGGCUGCCUGGAUGUUGUUCGUGAGAGGAAGACCCAGCCACCCACAUCACUCCAGUCUGGCACCCAGGGCCUACCACCACAUCUUCUGCAGGUAGCUCCCUCCUGUGCCCAGAGCACCCCAGGAUGCCCCUUCCCAAAUGUGCCAACCCGGAAUGCUACAAAGAGUGCCAGCCACAGAGGGAGCACAGGACAGGAGUCCUGCCAGGCCAACUCCACCUCACCCCAAGUACCUGUGGCGGCCCCACGCGGUCCCCGACCCAAGCCUAAGACUGUAUCAGAGCUGCUUCGGGAGAAGCGGCUCCGUGAGGCUCGUGCCAGGAGGGCCACCCAGGGCCCAACUCUUCCUCCCCAGCUGCUGGUCUCCCCUGUGACCCUUGGGCCCCCUGUGCUGCCAGCCCCUCAGCCUCAGGGUUCCCCAGCCACAGGUCCUGUCUCCAGUACAGACUGCUUUGGGCCUAGGGCCCCCAUGGCAGCCAGUGCAUGCCCGUCUGGCUGUUGGCAGGAGACUGGGGUUUCAGACAAGGACGAGGGACUCCCCACCCUACAAGCCUUGCCUCUCAGUCCCGCCCCAAGCCCUGGCCAAGUCCCCGUGGGCUGCCCUCUGAGCAUUCUGGGACAGUCUCAGGCCCCUACCACAUCCCGGAAGCAGGGCCUACCUGAGGUUCUGCCCUUUUUCCCUGCAGCCCCCAGCCCCACUCAACUGCCCAUGCAGCCCCUCAACCUGACUCCUGCUCUGGGCACACACAGAAGUGGGACCCCCCUGGCAGCCAGCAUCCCCUUGCCUGUCACCUGGGUGCUCACAGCCCAGGGGCUGCUCCCUAUGCCAGUACCAGCAGUGGUGGGCCUCCCUGGUCCCACAGGGCUACCUGUGAAGCUCCCACCACCCUGCUGUGAAGCUCCUGCUUGCCCCUCACAGCCCCAGGCCAGUGUGGACACAGAGCCAGCCCCCUCUUCCAGGACUGACACCUCAGCUCCCCCAACUUGCUCCCUAUCCCAGAGUCCUCUAGAAGUCGGUGGUAAUGUUCCUGGCGCUCUUGGAGAGGCCCAGGUGGUCAAGGAGGCUGCAGUGCCAAGGACGUCUUCCCAGACCAACUGCCCUGAAGCAGAGCCCCCCCGGCCCAGCCAGCUCUCUGCUUCUGUUGGCACUGGUCCCACAAAUGGCUCAAGAGGGACACUGGAGCCUGGGGGGCCUCUGGGUCUAGAGAAGCCACAAUUGUCUGGGUCCGAGAAGGGUGCCUUGGAUCUGAGCCUGCUCUCCCUGGAGAGUGAGGCAGCCACAUGGCAGUGGCUAAAGGGACAGCAAGGGGUUCAUGUGCCCCCACUGGGGAACAGGCUACCCUACCAUCCCCCCACCCUGUCCAGUUUACGAGCACUGUCCAACCUCCUGCUCCACAAGAAGGCCUUGGAGCACAAGGCCUCCUCCCUAGUGGCCAGUGGGGCAGCUGGGGCGCUGCAGACCUCGUUGGAGCUGGUGCGGAGGCAGCUGCAGGACAACCCAGCCUACCUUUUGCUGAAGGCACGGUUCCUGGCAGCCUUCACAGUGCCUGCUCUCCUGGCCACCCUGGCCCCGCAUGGCAUCCGUACCACCCUGUCAGUGGCCACAAGAGCCAGCUCUGAGAGUGAGGAUGAGGACCUCCUGAGUGAGCUGGACCUUGAAAACAGGGACAGCUGGUUAGGCUGUGCAUCCAGUAGAACACAGGCAAGGCCAGCAACCACGGUCCCCAUCCAGGGAGCUCUGGUUUCUAGCGAGGGUGCUGUUCCCUCCCACUUGGAUACCUUUGAUGACCUUGAUGUGCUCAGGACCAGGCAUGGCCGGCAUGCCCGGAAGCAGAAGCCCCUGCUGUGAGCAGCAGGACAGGUCCUGGAGCUGGCAGGAGUGGCAGGAUGAUGUGGCGGAGGGUGGCAGUGUCCUGGUGUUCCAGCUGGUCUUCUGUGCAUCCGACCCUGGGUUCCAGUGCCUUUCCCCAUGUGGCACAGUGUCGCUGGCCGUACUGUCUGGGGUCUGGCUGCAUGUACUGGGCCCUCCUGGAGUCGAGUGCCCCCCACCAUCAGUGUGCUCCUGUG